AUGGCUGAUGCUAUUUUGGGCAUUGUUGCGGGCGGAAUAGGUAUAGCAUCUCUGGCUAUCCAGCUCGUAGAGGUUGCACAAAAGCUCCAUUCGUUUUGGGACACUUUGGAAACCGCGAACUCAAAUAUUGAGCGCAUCAAGGAUCAUUUGUUAUUGAUGCAGACUAUAUCAAACAGCAUCGUUGACAUAGCAAACCAGGAGCCAAAUAUCAAUUGCGAAGAAAGUGUCACUAGGAGUCUAGAUAUUUGUAAGAUACGAACAAGAAACUUGGAGAAGCAAAUCAACAGUGGUGUUCUAAAUGGAGCUGGUCGUAAAUCCAAGCGCGGUUUGUCAUCUUUCAAAACGGCCCUGAAAGAUAAGACUAUUCAAAACAUCGAAUCUCAACUGAGAGGGAAUGUUAUGAUGCUUCUCGUAUCUCUUCAACUAUUCUUUCAUCACGUCCAAUCUCAGAAACUAAAUUAUCUGAGUAGCCGAAUUUCGCAUCUCUCAGUUCCAUUAGUCUCUCAUCACGACUUGGCUGGUAUACCAGAAGCAUAUAAGCUGCUGAAUGUUGAUUCAAAACCUCUUUCGGAAAGCAAAAACAGCUCCGAAGCCCCUUCAAAGAGCAUUCAUCGAAACGGAAGAAUCGAAUUAUCCCGACGUGAGCAUCGCCGCGCAUUCAUUAAGCUCGAUAUUUAUACUUUCCUCAAAAAAUUAUCAUCAACCCUUGGCAUAUCUUUACAUCCUAUAUGGAAAAUGUUUCAACUUAAAUAUGCAUUUGGAGUCACUUAUACGUCAGUUGAGUUCUCAAACUAUAAUCGUUCUGUCUACUUCGAGGAUGCUCUAUAUUCAAAUAUCAAAAGGCGCCUGAAGGUCAUUCUGCCAAUAGCUUCUUUCCAGAUCCAGACUUCGAGCACCCCAUGGUCUCUUACCUCCUAUCCAAUUACCCCGUGCCAAUCUCAAAUAUUUACAAUAUGCGCGGAUGGUAACAUCGAUACUGUGAAGCAGUGGUUCAAGAACUCUUGGGUUUCGCCUUUCGUGGUCAACCAGCAUGGCAAGAACCUAUUACAUCAUUCUAUCGAGGACCGGAGGAAGGGUUUGCGUGGUUAUUCGCGUCAGAGUACGAGGGUUCAGAUCCAGAGGCCUACGACUCCGAAGGCUGGACGGACACUUCUCGACGAUGCGCCAUUCAACUUCGGUUGGUGGACGCAGUUGUGUCACGAUGACCAGGCUGUAUCCUGGCAGAGCAUCUAUCUCCUUAGGUCCGGAGCAAACUCUCAUGCCAGAACCUUAGAAGGAGAUUUAACUCCUUUGGACACCUUUAUGCGGGGUUGUACUGCCCAUUCUGUUGACCAUGCAACGAAAUGGCCUCAGGCGCUUAGUGAGAGCGGCGUUGUUUUGUAUGAAUAUAGCAGAGAAGAGCAACGCCUACACGCACCGGAGCACUACUUAAAUAGCACCUGGGACGGGGAGCUUUGGAGGUGGAUACCCACAAAACGUAGAGUAAUCUACAAAUACGGCAACACUGUUUCAGAGGUUGCAAUAUGGUUGGAGGACUAUGACGCUCUGAGCUGGUUUCAGUGUUGGAGGCACGACCUAAAGAUCUUUGGAGUGUUGACUUUGUCUGAGAGUCUCCUGAGAUGA